ACUCGACCGGUUUCCUACUCCGCCGCGAGUAUUCUCCACAACCGAGACUACAAGCACAGGCAAUUAAUGGAUGUAGUGGUGAUAGGAUGCGGUGCAUCAGGCAUCGCGGCCAUCAGGCGAUUGCACGAUGCAGGCCUGAAGGUGAUAGGCCUGGAAGCUGCUGAUAGAAUUGGUGGCAGAAUAUGCACAGUUCCAUUUGGAUCUGGUACUGUUGACAUUGGCGCCGCUUGGUGCCAUGGCGAAAAGGAAAACAUCGUUUUCCAGCUCACUAACCCCUUAAAUCUACUGGGAAGACCAGAGCCAUUUGAGAACAUCUAUGUAUUAUCCAACGGGAAUGUGCUAGAUACUAAGAAGGGAGCUACUAUCACAGAAGCCCUUAACGAUGAAAUCGCAAAAGCUGACAAAAAUAAUACAAAAUCUAUUUCCGAUUAUAUCAGGAAGGCAUCUAAAACUAAUGAAGUUUUGAAUAAUAACGGUCAAUUAACAGAGGUGUUCGUGGAGUGGUUUGAAAGGUCAAAUCAUGUUGGUGGACAGAAGGACUCUCGAAAGGGAAAGUCUUUAAAGGGACUUGAAGAGUGCUGGCCCUGCGAUGGUGAAGUUUUUCUAAACUGGAAGGGCAGAGGAUACAAGACAGUUCUGGACGUUUUAUUGAAUAGAUACCCAGAGCCCGCAAAAGAGAUACCAGUGCCUAUUUUGUUAAACAAAGAAGUAGAAAGCAUUCGCUGGAGUUCCAACCAACCGGGGCUAGAUUCCAGCAACCCACUGGUGCAGGUGAAGUGUACGGAUGGUAGUCUGUAUGACGCCAAGAGUGUGAUUGUCACUGUGUCUAUUGGAGUUUUGCAAGAGAGACACAAUACACUCUUUAACCCAUCAUUGCCAGAGGAGAAAAUAAAUACCAUAAAUAAUCUCCAAUUGGCUGUAUUGGGCAAAAUAUACAUUGAAUUCGAGAAAUCGUGGUUUUCUAAGACUGCCAACUUUACUGUUCUAUGGCGGGACGAAGAUAAGACAAAGUUCGGUGAAGACGAGAAAUGGAUCACAGAAAUAUAUGGUCUGUGGACUGUGGAUCAUCAGCCUAAUGUGCUUCUAGCAUGGACUUAUGGGAAUGGAGCGGAAAUUAUGGAGAAUGCGAGCUUAGAAGCUGUUAAAUCUGGAAUAAAUAAAUUGCUCGAUGUGGUUUUUAAGAAAGAAUUUAAUGUAACUCCAGUGAAGUCCAUCGUAAGAUCUCAAUGGGGUUCCAACCCUUUAGCUAGAGGCGCAUAUUCCUACCGCAGCGUUGCUUCAGAAGAGAAUGGCAGUAACGCAAUAAAACUAAGCGACCCUCUCUACCGAAGCAACAGGUUCCCCGUGGUAUGCUUCGGGGGCGAAGCUACUUCUCACCACAGGCACAAUUCCGUUCACGGCGCGGUAGAAGCUGGCUUCCGCGAAGCAGACAGACUUAUUAACAGUUUUAAGGAGUUUAAAUAUUGA